UGCUUCACAUUUUUAACACUUGGUAUAUCUGUAAUUUCAGAUGGAUGCCUGAGUAAGAAGUUUAAAAGAUAAGCCGUCAGAGGUAUUGUGUCCUGAGCCUAAUCUCACGCAGGACUCUAUUUCAUUUGUCACAUUCUUCAGUUCUGUAAUGGAGUGUGAUGGAGUUAUGGAGGUUCCAUUGCAGCAGAAUUGAUGGUAGACACUAAAGAGUGUAGGGGCUGUAGAUAUGAAGACGCGUCAGGUGUCCUCUGCCCCGCUGGCUGGGUCCCCCCUCAGUAGCCGAUCCACCAGCUGCAGUAGCCUGUCCUUCGAGGGGAUACCUGAUGAAGUCGCCCGCCUCUCCGAGGAAAAGAGCAAAAACCUCAAAGGUGGAGAUGAAACAGUAUGGAAGGAGGAAAUUCGGAAGCGUAUGGAAGAUGAGCUUAAUGCUCGUGUGCGGGAAGCUUUAGAGACACCUCCACUCGAACGAGCCGAGCGUCAGCGUCUGUCCAAUCAACAACAACAACAAAGUGCUCGCAACAAUCUCGAAAAACUCAACUCGCACCUUCUUUUUGAACUCAAUGACAAGAACCAUGCAUAUCUAAAGGCACGGAAGUGGCGAGCUUUACAGGCCAAGAAGCAGAUGCAACAUCUGAUGAGGAUGAAUUAUACUCUAACUCCAGCCCCCACCAGCACCAUAGACGUCAUCUUCAAGGACAAACUCUCAAAGUCCAACCAGGAUGAAUUCCCGGGAGUGUUUGGUCUACAGACUUUUUCUGAAGGAAUCAAAGACCGAAACAGUUUAGAAAAAUAUCCAUCUUUAAAACAAAUUCACAGACAGUUCUACACCAAAGAUGGCUUUCUUGCUGCUUUGGAUUCGGGACACUUUCCGGAUGGAUCAAAGUUUGACUGUAAUGAAAACGGUGCAUAUAAGGACAGAUUUGGUGUGUUGAGGGACCAGCACGGUCCCUUCUGGCCGGGAGAGUGGGGCCCGCUGUUUCCCACCCCCAGAUUUAAGUGGUUUACAGACAUCCCAGAAGAACCUCUAUUUACCUCGGCUCACAACCAACAGUUUACAAAGACCUUCGACAACCAACAAACACCAUAUACCUCAAAAUGGCGAGGGGUGUUGAUUGUGUACGAUUCAGAACGAAGCAGUCGAGACCAUUCCCCCCAGCCCGUCCCAGAAGGAUGUUGUCCUAAUCUAGUCUUUGAAUCAAGAUUUGAGAGUGGAAAUCUACGCCAGGCUCGAAGAGUGGGUCAGUGUGAAUAUGAAUUGGUGCUAAAAACAGACCUGUAUACUAAUCGCCACACCCAGUGGUACUACUUCAGGGUCCAGAACGCAGUCCCCGGGGUGGUGUACAAGUUCAGGAUAGUCAAUUUACUCAAAAGAGAUAGUCUUUAUAAUUAUGGUAUGAGACCACUGUUAUACUCAGAAAGUGAUGCCAAGAAUAAGUCUAUAGGUUGGGUCAGAGCGGGUCAUCAUAUUAGUUAUUCUAGAAAUAUAAUGCAUUUACACUGCCCUUUGCUAAUGAGAGGUAUCCCUUACUCUGAACUGGAAUGGCAAAUGGAAUUUCCCAAUGCUGAUGACACCUAUUAUCUUGCCCAUUGUUACCCCUAUACGUUCACUGAUCUCAAAGAGGACCUGGACAUCAUGUUAAACAAACCAGAAAGUCGACAGUGGAUCAAAAGAGAGGUCCUCUGUGAAACUCGCGCUGGAAACAGCUGCUUUCUUGUCACCUGUACCAACUUUGAUACCUCGCGAGAGGAACAGAUCAAGAAGAAGGUGGUGGUGGUGACCGCCCGCGUCCACCCCGGGGAAUCUCAGGCCAGCUGGAUGAUGAAAGGUCUGCUGGAUUACAUCACAAGUGGCGACCCAGUUGCAAAAGAACUUCGCAAUAGGUUUAUAUUUAAAAUAGUUCCCAUGCUCAAUCCUGAUGGGGUGAUAGUGGGAAACUACCGAUGUUCUUUGGCAGCCAGGGACUUGAACCGCAAUUACCGACAUCCAAGGAAGGAGAGUUUUCCAACAGUUUGGUUCACCAAAAGUAUGAUGGAGAAAAUCCUAGAGAGACAUGAUAUUCUUCUAUACUGUGACCUGCAUGGACACAGUAGGAAACACAAUGUGUUCAUGUAUGGUAACAACACGUCAGAAGUGGAGACUGAUGAGGGAAUUGGUGCUGCUCAGGCCUAUCUCAGAGAGAGGCUUUUCCCUUGGCUUAUGUCACAGAGGUCUCCAGACAAAUUUUCCUUUCAAUCCUGUAAAUUCCAAAUCAAAAGGUGUAAGGAGUCCACAGGCCGUGUGGUGAUGUGGCGUCAGAUGAGGGUCCUCAACAGCUUUACCCUGGAGGCCACAUUUAGUGGCACUAUACUCAAUAGGAAAGAAUUGCGUCAUUUCAAUAUUGGUGAUUAUAUGGAAAUGGGGCGAGUGUUGUCUCAAGUGGUGCUAGAUUACGAAGUAGCUCAGGAAAACAAAGCUAAACAAACAGAGGUUGUGUUAGACAUGACUCGGUACAUUACAAACCAAGUGCUAGAACAGAGGGGUAUGAUUGGUGCACGCAUCCCUAACCUUCAGUCGUUAUCGACCAAAAGUGGCAAAAACAGUGAUGCUGACUCUGGAAUUGAUGCUAGUCAAGACAACAGCUGUACACUGGAUGGCAGACAGAGCUCUGUGGACGACCACUUCCUGUUGCAGGACAAGGAGAGACGGGACUCGGGAGAAGACUUCGGACGCAAAACAGAAAAGAAGAGAAAGCCCGAGUCUCACAGUCACGCUAACCUCAGUCGUAAGGAGGUGGACUCGUUAAUAGAUAACGAGUCAUUACGGACAAUGGAUGGCUGUCUGAAAAUACUCUCCGACCUCAAUGUUCGUGAGGCAUUACAGGAAUCAGAUUCUAGUGACAGUGACAGCGAAUCGGAACCUGAAAUGAAAGCAGUGGAUCCUAAACCAAAGAAGAAAAAACGCAAGUCCAAAAAGCAGCGUGACAAAGAACAUCAAGAUCGCAAGGGUGGAUCCGGGGGGUCGGACAAAAAACAGGAGGAACGUUCAAAAUCCCUAACGCAAUGUUUCCAAUGUAGUAGAAAUUUACAUGGGGCCUUGCCUUCUAUUUCUUGUUCUGAUGCUCAACAUGACACCCUUGGUAACCCUGGCAACCUUAACAAAAAGGCUUUCCAAGGCUCAUUUGUCUUGCACAGGUCCAAGACCACAUCAAAUUUGGAGAAAUACAAAAAGCAGACUUUGGACAGCCGGUUUGUCAGCAAGUAUGAAGGCAGAAGAAAUGGGGGGAUUCCAUGCUUCUCGGAGGAGAGAAGUAUUGAACGGGCAGCAAAGAGAAUGGCAGACAUGAAGAAAAGAAACGAUGAUGAGAAACAGAGGGACGUGGCUUUCUUUUCCAAUUACCGACAAAUGAUGGAGUAUUUGGACCGCCCUGGACAAUCUCCCUGUUUAGACACAAAUAGCCAACUUUCUAGUAGAUGCUCCGACACAGAAAUGCCUGAAGCCACUUUUGCACGCUUCCCACGGAGAAUCAUAACACUUCAACAAGACCGUCCCAUGUCUCCCCAAUCCUUAAGACGUCACAUUCCCAUCUCCCUCGUGGAAGGUGUCCCAACCAUCGCAGAAACCCUGGCCAGUAUCCGGCCACGGGAUCAUUUUUUGUCCCAGUGGACAAGAGAAUGGAUCUGUAACACUACUUUUGAUCUUUCCUCUAACACUGAGUCAUUUCCAGACAUGACUCCGAGUUGCCUGCCAGCUUCGAUGCCAUCAGUCCGGGAUAUCAGCUCCGAUGAAGCGAGUGAUAGUGAUGUGCCUUCCUCGACUACCAUCACGCUCGCCGCUCGAUCUAACCCAUAUAACCAACAUAUAGAAGCCAGUAGCAAUCUCCAUUUAGCUGGCAUUGCCGCGCAAAAACGACACAUGAGAAGUGGUCCUGUCCUGAAGUCGUUUACACGCCAUAUUCCAUCCAGUUCCUCUACACCCUCCCCAUUCCUGCCUCACAGCAUUACGCCCAUCGCCUCGGAAAUGGACGCAGCAAAAAUCGAGAAGCGUUCCCGCCUCAGUCGGACGCCUGGUCCGCUGAGUGGAGUUACAGAGGAAGCAAUAAACAGAGUUUUGGGUAAGGGGAUUCAAAGCAAGAGUCGACUCUUGACACUGCUUCUGUCUAGACAACGCAAGAAGUCCUCUAGCCACACUCCCACACACGCGGUUCUGUGAAUCUAAUGUCAAAACCGCUGUAAAUUAUCUGUAACAUUGGUCAAGACAGUGGAAUCUAUUAACUAGUCAUCCAAGAAUUUCGUCACUAGUCACGUGACAGAACUCCUGAGAUUUUGCCAUCAAGUGUUGCCUCUUGGUCAUUGCGUUACAUUAGGAAAACCAGAAUGACGUCAUCUUAGAUCUCGUAAAACUUGCCAGUCAUGGAGUGAAUUCAGGGAGACAGACUGCAUUGUAGAGUCAUCAAUAUUUUACGUCUUUCCUUUACACAUAUCGUUAAUAUUGUUGAAAUUUUUACCAAUUUAAAUUAACUCUACGGGAAGGAUAGAUAUAUAGAGUAAUCUACGGCCACUUUUCAAUGAAAAGGGGCCAACCAAAGGUCUUUCAGGCAUUUCUUAUUUAUACUUUAAAAUAAUUGUGAUGCAAACUGUUUGUGAGGAAAUAUUUAUAGGAUAUAUGGUCUGUGUCACUACAGCAAUAUUAGCCUUUAUCCAUUAAGUUUUUCAUGUUAAGAGAAUUUGUAUGCAAAUAUAGACUGGUUUCCCCAAUCCGGUUUCAAACAAUUAUUGCAUAAUUACUUCUUAGUAAGAAGUGUAGUAAUGUUUUUUUUUUCUGGAAAUUGUUAACUUUAAAAAUCAUGUGUGAAAGGGUGUAUCAUGGUACUUGUAAGUCAUUUAUCUUAAAGCGCAUGGCCGGACUUAGGUACUUUACACUAGUACAAAAUAUAGACAGUAAAAAUAUUUGAACAUUUUCAUAUAUUUAUGAUUAUUUAUGUUUAGUUAAUUAAUAAAUUAUGAACUAUU